CUGUUCAUAUUAUAAAAUUUAAAAAUAUUACAAUCAAGGUUUUUAGUGUGAUGUGUCUUGUGCGCAUGCGUGGUCAAGAUGGCGGGUGUAGAAAGUGAAUCUGUAUUUUUUUUCUUAAUGAAGGUUGCAGGCGAUACAACCAAAACCAAACCGUUACUCUACCACGACGAAGUUUAAAAAAUGCACCCAAAAAACCGACCAAUUAAAUUAAAUAACGCCGUUAAACACAAAACUUCACACCUUUACCGUUUGUAAACUAAAAAGAAACAACUUUAUACAAAAAAAGAAUAAGUUGUUACAAAAAUUAUAGAAUUAUGCCCCUCUUUUGUAGGUAAAUUUGAAUAAAUUAUAAUCACAAUACAUAUACAAAUUGGUUCCCAGGGUAUUUUUGAGUCAUCCUUUAUAACAACGGGUUAAGCUUAACCCUUUCACCGCCUGCAGUUCUCGAUAGAUUUCAAUUAUUAUUAUUAGUGGCUCGAAUUAUCUUCAUUUGUUAGUUGCGCUUGGUAAGAUUUUUGGGUCACCUGUAGCAACUAAGGAUUAUUAUAUUUUUAACUGCGAUUUAUAAUUUGCAAGUCUGCGAGAAAGUUAGUGGGUUGGUUUUUGUUACCUAUCGUGUGGUUGAAUGUUUUUUUUAUAUUUCAAUUUUGAAUUUGAUCACAGUUAGAUGCGUCAUCGCUUAACACACAAGAGAGUGGUCAAACAUCGACCGACAACUAUCGACUUUAAAAAAAAUGCUUGAUUUCUACUGAAUAUUUUUCUCUAAAGAAAGAGAUCACCUUUUUACAAGACAAUGUAAUACCCCGUGUUUUACUAGUUAUGUUUUGGACUUCAGUCAGUGGUAUAAAUAAAAAAAAUACAAUCGAAAAACUCUCAACUAUUCUAAGUAUGCGGCAAUUAAAUCCAAAACCACCAUAUCAGCAAUUGUACCUACAUGUAACUAACCACUUAAUCAAAGAGGCAAUCUAGUCUGUCAUUAGUCUAACCUAAUGUUACAAAUAAUUUUAUUACAUAAUUGAAGCACUGUUUUAAUUUAAAGUUUUAUGUUUUUAUAGAGCAGUGAGCGUUCAAGUAAUGCGGCACGUGGAUUGUCUGUGCAAGCUUUCUUCAACAAGUACUAUGUAUAUUUUGGACUGAAAGAUUUUUCUUACAGAAAGAUUUUAUUUUUUUAUAUUGUUACAUGAUCGUAAAGUUUAUGCAUUAAUUUAUUGCAGAAAAUCUGAAACAUGGCGACUGGCGUGAAGUUUUAUAACGUUGAAUUAAACGAUUUUAUUGCAAGAAAACAGACAACUCACCCUGAGUUGUCUGCAGAAUGGCUUAGAUUAGAAGAACUUUACAACAAAAAAUUAUGGCACCAGCUUACCCUGAAGAUCCAAGAGCUGGUGGAGAAGCCCACCAUGCAGACUGGAGACAACCUGAUCACUUUAUACGCCAAUUUUGUUAGUUAUUUUGAAAAUAAAAUAAACCCUCUCUCCCUGGUGGAGAUCAUAGCUCACGUUGUGAAGCAGUACACCAAUAAGAAGGAAGCCAUCGCCUUCCUGGAGAAGAUUGAAGGCAAAGUCAAGGCUAACGAUGAAGCACUAGCACUCUGCAAGGUCCUCCAAGGCCAGAUAUACCUGGAACAGCUGAAUGACCUGGAUGCCACGGAGAAGAUCAUUGAACAGCUGGAGGGCAGCCUCGAGGAUGCUGACGGUGUCACUCCAGUGCACGGCAGGUUUUACAAGCUCGCUUCUGAGUAUUACAGAGUCCGAGGUCCGAUGGCGAAGUACUACCGGUCAGCGCUGCGCUACGUGGGCUGCGCGGGCGGGGGCGCGGGCCUGGCGCCCGACGAGCGCCGCGCCACCGCGCUCAGGCUCGCGCUCGCCGCCGUCAUCGCACCAAACGUUUAUGAUCUUGGGGAGUUGCUAGCCCACCCAAUCCUGGAAUCCCUGCAAGGCACUCCGGACGCGUGAGCCUGCGAGCUGGUGAAGGCGGUGGCCUCCGGAGACGUCGCACUCUUUGAGAAGGUCCGCGCGUCGGCCCACCAUCCUGAUCUAGCGCGCACUGAUAGACAACUGAGGCAGAAGAUCGCUAUCUUGUGUUUGAUGGAGAUGGCUUUCAACCGCACGUCAGCUCAGCGCAAGUUGACAUUCGCUGAGAUUGCCCGCGAGGCCAGGGUGCCCAUUGAUGAAGUGGAACUGCUGGUCAUGAAGGCACUCGCUGAGAAACUCAUCAGGGGACAUAUUGAUCAGGUGAACAGUACAGCGCACAUAGGCUGGGUCCGUCCGCGCGCGCUGCCCCGGUCGGGCGCGGCGGCGCUGGCCGGCCGCCUCGACGCCUGGUGCGUGGCCGUGGCCGGCGCCGCCGACCUGCUGGCGCGCGCCGCGCCCGACCUGCUCACUGCCUAGCGCGCACCGGGACGGGACUCUGCAUCGCGCC